CCGGAAGCAGCAGAGAAAACAUCUGAAGUGCUUCCUAGACACACCGGUUAGGAAGUUUCUGGGAGAACCCAGACUCGUCCAGGGAAUUUAUGGAGCACGUGGGACCUCCCUGCCAUCCAGAAGCACAGAGGAGGCGCGUCCCCACAACAAUGCCAGGAACAAACAGCGGGCAAUUCUCUGACAUCGAGAGGCUUCCAGUGAGGGGCACUGGCUGCCCUGGAGGUGACAGAGAGGCCACGUCAGCUACCUGCUGAGAUGGUGCUGGGAGCCUCGUGGAGCAGAGCAGCUGAUCCGAUCCAGGGUACCUGCUACAGGCCUGGCACCACCUGGUAGGUCAUUGGGGGAGGGGCUUGUUCAGGCUCUGAUGACCCUGUCAGACAGACAGAGAGUCCAAGAGAAACAGAGACACAGAGAAACACAGAAGCAGAGACAGAGACAGGCCAAUGGAGAGAAAAAUACAGAGAGAGACAGAGAUAGAAGCAGAGACAGACCAAGAGAGAAAAAACUACAGACAGACAGGGACAGGGACAGAGUCAGAGCGAGACAGAGAGAACAAGGGAGAGACCCGGAGAGAGAAGUGCAGAGAAAGAGAGAGACAGAGAGAGAUACAAAGAGACAGAGACAGAAAUAGAGAGACACGUGGGUCUCCCAGGCCGCCGUCCCGCCCAGUUCCAGGCCUGGCUGCAGUCCUGCCCCCGGUGCCCAGAGAGCCCUUCUCCCAUCACGGGCCGUCUCCACCAAGCCAUGUGCUGAGCAUCAGCUCCUGGGAGCCACGGUGCCCCCUCACACCUGCAGUGAGGACUGAGGAAGCUGCAGAUGGGAGGCGAGCCAGCGACACAGCCGGCUGGCACCAGGCCUGGGGUGACAAGGUGCAUGACACGGCCAGGACCGCCCUGUGCAGGGGACAGCGGAAGCUCAGGAGACAAGGUCAGAGGUGGUGCGGCCCCGCCACGGAGGGCACCGAGGGGAGGAACUGGGGCUUCGUUUUGCAGAAUGAGAGUGGAGGCUAUGAAACCGAGCCUCAUGCACCCUCAGCCACAGCAGCCUCAUCGACGGCCCCGCUGCUGCCGCAGGAAUCGCCCACACUUCCCACAGGCUCCCUACCAGCCCUGGGUGCAGGGGACACUGAGGUAGGCCCUGUCCUGGGAGGCGUGGGAGCCUGCUGAGGGCUGGCUUUGGUGGGAGCUCCAGCCCAUGGGGGAGCAGUGGCCAGCUCUGGGAAGUAAAGAGCCCCCACGCCUGGGCUGGCCAGCUUCCAUGGGGGCAGCACAGCCCACCUCACGUCUCCAGUGGCUCACACUCGGAACGUUUGCUGGCCUGCUCUGCUGAGCGGUGUGAGCCACCUGAGUGGCCCCAGCACCUCCCAGCUGAUGCCCCCACCUGCAGCCCCCAGGACGCACCCCUACUCCUGCAGGCUAAGACCCCACUGCAGCCUAUGCUCCCAGCCGCCGCCAGUGCUCACACGUUUUCUCCUGCAGGUGUUUUUCCCAAUAAAAUCCAUGCAUCUCUCA